AUGCGCCACCAGAGCCUGCGAUUCUUGCAGGGUGCGCAAGACAAGGGUGAGCUUGAACCUGUAGGCUUGGAUGUUGGGAAAGCUGCUGAGUCUGUGUGCAGUGUAGCCUGUCGCGUCCAUAAAAAACGAGGACCACCUGCUCGAAUCAAGCAGAUCAGAGAGCAACAGGAGCACUUCAGAGCGCUGCAUCCAGGUGGAGGUAGUGCCGAUGAUGUUCCUGCUCUGCCUAACCUUGAGGCGCCCCCGACGAUAGCCGGGCUCAGCAAUGGCAACCGUACCGAGAAUCCACCUAACCAUGGGUAUACCGGUCUUAUGAGCGAUACACAAGGAGCCUCAUGGGGCGGACCUGAUAUGGAGUACUGGCUUCCAGACACUUUCAACUCCCAGGCUUGCCCACUGUUCGGUUUCCAGGGGAGCAAUAUCCUCGUCAAAGAGACGCUGCCACCCAUUAUUGAUGACAGUAUCAAUAUCGAAGUCAGCAACCAAAUUCCCUUUCUACCGGGGAGUAUUGACCCCAGCAUUCAAAGCGACAACAUGCUCAGCGUACCUUCUGAGUUCUGGCCAUCCUACAUCCACGAAACAAGCCUUAUCCCUUGGAUAGAUGUCUAUUUCGACCGUCUUCACCCCACCCUCCCAGUACUAAACAGAUCCUUGCUCUUCACACAGAUUGUCCAACAAGAACAUCGCCGCAAUCCCCAAUGUGGCGCCAUGAUUUUGGCUCUCUGCGCCUUCUCAUUGACCCAGCCAAUAGACAUCAGUGAACGGCCGACAUCUUCCUCGCGGUCCGACCAAGCAAAAGUCCUAGUCAACGAGGCAACCAGGAUGCGCACGUCUUCUGACUUCGGCGAGCACCCUUCGAUAGAAGCUGUUCUGACCAGUUUCUUCUUGUUCGGGUACCUAUUUGGGAGUAACCAGCACAAUGCAGCGAGACUCCGGCUCCGAGAGGCGAUCGAUCUAGCCUCGACACUGGGUCUGAAUAAUCCAGUCACGUAUGCAGAGUGCUCAACAGAGGAGAAGGGGCAGUGGUUACGGACGUAUCUAGUUCUAUCUGUGACAGAAAGAGCAUACGCCCUCCAGCGCCAACACCCUAUAAGCUUCACCGGACGCCCAUCAGACAUCAUCCGCGCGGCGGACGAACUCCGAAACGCAACCCAGCGCGUUGUAUCGGGGAUAAUCGUACACACGGAAAAGGACGCCGCGGGAAUGAUGGGUUUGUCGCUGCUAAUGGAGCUAUUCGACGCCAUUGACGAAGAUAUUCUCAUUUGCUGGAAUGCGCGAUGCGAUGUUUCAUCAGGCAACGGGAGGUGCCAGGUCCUCACCGAGGCCAAGGCGCUGAGUAUAUACCGUAACCUGGCUAGAGUCAGCGAUGUGACUCGGUACAGCGGCAGGAAGAGUGAUCAUUUCGAUUUUUCAGAUUCGGAUCGGGACUAUGAGAAGGACAAACAGAACAGUGGGCAAAACGGAUCAAGAGAACUAAGCGAAUCAAGAGCCCUGCGCGACUUCUUGUCCGAAACACAAUGCGCGGAUAUCCUCCUCACGCAAAAAUGGAAUGCCGGCAGCUCGGCUUCGGCUACGCCAUUGAGAAUGCGAAGUGCGCGUUGA